AUGGCACAGGCUCCUCGACUCGCGAGCCUCGAUAGCUCCAUUGUAGACCGUCUUCCUGCCUACUCACAGACAUUGUUCACUGCCAAGACCCAGGCUGGUCUCAGCUUCGAGGCUAUCGCUGAGAAGUUGGGCAGGUCCGAAGUCGCUGUUGCUGCUAUCUUCUACGGACAAGCCACAGCCUCCGCCGAAGAUGUCGAGAAGCUUUCUGAGCUCUUAGCUAUUCCCAAGGAGAUUCUUGCACCUCAAUUAAUGGGUUUCCCAGACAGAGGCCGAGCUGGCCCCAUGCCUCCUGUGGAGCCCCUUAUUUACAGACUCUAUGAAAUUGUCCAGAACUACGGGUACGCGUAUAAGGCAAUUCUCAACGAGAAGUUUGGAGACGGAAUUAUGAGUGCUAUUUGCUUCAACACCAAGGUAGAGAAGGAGAUUGACGAGACGGGCGCUCCAUGGGUGGUCAUCACACUCAAGGGCAAAUGGUGUGUAUUCCCCGAGACGGCCUCCCGACCUCACGUUUGGCCAUUCAAGAAGCUGACACGAAGUAAGGCUACCGUUCACUCGUUUCUAGAAGGUGAAUGA